AUGGCCUCCAACGCCGAACCCAGCUCCCCCGGAAUAGAUCGCGAAACCACCACGCCAUUUCACCUGAAGCUAUUCUAUCGCCAAAAUUCCUUUCAUCACCUCUCCGAUUUUCCGAUCCCUUCGUCGUCCGGUGGGACCUCCGCUCCUCCGCUCCCCCCACACCUUCAGAUCUACACAUGGUACUCGUGCUCCCUGCGCGAGCUAACGCAUCUCCUCACGUCAUGUCUCCCGUCGCUGCUGCCUGACCCUGUUGUCGGGACGCGUCUUAGCUUCAGACUGAUAUAUCCCGACAGCAAGGGCCAAUUCGUGGGCUUUGGUGGCUCCGGUGCGCCAGGCGUUCAUGACGAAGGGAGAGGGAGGUACCUCAGCAAGGAUAUUGGGAGUGUGAUCAUCGGCCCCAAAGCGGAUACUGGAGGGAAGGAUUCGUCUACGGAAGUUGAUAGCAGUAGGCUACAAGGCGAAGAUGCCGAUCGCACCUUGCAAGAUGUGCGGUUCAUCAUCGGUGACUACGUCGAAUGUGCCAUCUUACCUCCGCUUUCAGACGGGUCUAUCGCCCCACCAAUUUCGUCAAGAAGCAUAGCGGGAAGCUCAGCCGUCGGUGGCGGGAUGCGGGCGUUCCCACCUGUGAGAGAGAACGGGUUUGGGCGUCCGAGGGCUCUAGGAGGUGGGAUGGGACGAGGAGGACUAGCAAGCAUCCCCAGCGGCGAAUGGAGGAGGGGAGAACGCAUUCCAGAUAGUGGAGGAAGGGCUUACAGUCGUGGACACCCGAGAAAUCGAGGGCGACCGUAUUGACACGUUGACGGCUUACCUAUCUGGGUGAUUCUGGGAGAUAAUGGGCCAGUGGAUACCCGAAUCUAGCAUCUCGUCUGAUUCGUCAAUGGUUCCUCGAUUGUGGAAGAAGGAUUGGCCGGUGAAACCAGCAGACUGAAUGGGAUCAUGAACAGAUUGAUGUCGGAGGGGAAGAUCGGUUGAUUACAGAAAGGAAAUGUGAUGCUACGAACGGGCAGAAUGGUCGGCUGUAAGCUAAUAUUGAAAAUUGUUUUCAUUCCGUACGAAACUCUGUAAUGACUAUUUUAAUGCAAGCCGACUCAAAAGUACAAGCA